AUGGCGUCGGCACAGCAGGUUAUGCUCUCUCCAGCAGAGCUCGCCUACCUCCACUCCUCCCUCUCCCUCACGCCGCCCAUCCGCCCGGAUGGCCGCAAGGCGAACCAGUUCCGCCCCCUCACGGCCGAGACGGGCAUCCUCCCGGGCACCAACGGCAGCGCACGCGUGUGCUUCUCCGACGGCACCGAGGCCAUCGUCGGCGUCAAGGCAGAGAUCGAAAAGACCCGCGUCCCGCCUGGCGCAGAGGCGAACGAGGAGACGGCGGAGAAGAGGACAGAAGGCCAAGAUGGAGAGUCCAAGGGCAGCAACGACUGGCUCGAGAUGACGGUCGAGAUCCCCGGCUCCAGAGACGACGACGCCGCGACCGUGUUCCUGUCCAACAUGCUCAGCGAGGCGCUGCUCGCCGACGGGGAGUUCACCAAGAAGCUGCGGAUUAACAAUCGGUUCCACUGGAAGCUCUACCUAGACAUCCUCCUAAUCUCCCCGCCGCUGUCGUACCCCCUCCCGCUCCUCUCCCUCACAACGCACCUCGCCCUUCUGGCGACCCGCCUGCCGCGCCUCAAGUCCGAGGGCGACGAAGACCCCAUGUUCGACGACGACUGGGAGGCCUCGACGUUCCUGUACCCGCGCGACGGCAGCGCACCCGCGGCGGGCGCGCGGCCGCCCAUCACGCUGCUCGUCAUCGCCGUCGGCGGCAACAUCAUUUUCGACCCGGCGCGCGAGGAGCUCGCCGUCGCCGAGUCGGCGCUCGCUGUUUCCGUGGCGGAGGAGAAGACGGCCGCGUCAGCGGGCGGCAUGGACGUGGACGGACGCGAGCUGAAGCUGCUCUCCGUGCGGACGGUCGACCCGCCCUCGCGGCUGACGGCGCCCGGCGUGCUUAACUCGGCGAACCCCGCGACGGGCCUCGCCGGCACACCGUCAAAGGCGCCGCCGGCGCCGCCGGCGCCGCCGGCCGGCGAGGACAAGGUGGCCGAAGGCGUGUGGAGACCGCCCAUAGGCGGCACCAAGCUGCACGUGCUCGAGGGGAUGGUCUCCAAGGUGCUGGAGAAGGGAGGCAUUGCGGACGAGGUGCUCGAGGGGAUCGCCGCGGUGGAGCUGGCUUAG